GAGAUCGAUGGAUCUUGAGAGCUGUACUUAGGUUGUGGUGAACCCAAGAUGGCGUGGAGUUCAGACAGGAUGAACGGAGGAUAGUUAACGAGGAAAAACACACUGGAACAACGCAGAACGAAACGGUUAUUGAAACGAAAACGUCAACUUACACAGGACGUGUAGGAGUCGGUAGAAAAGAAGAUAUCCGCGGUCGUCAUCGCUCAAAUCGACCGAGAGUGUUUGCGUGAGUGUGUGUGCUGGGAUGGGCUGAUCGAGGAGGCCGCAGAGCCACUGCCACCCAGAGACUGACCCUCUAGCAAACAAUAGACCCUGUGAUCAUCAUAAAACACACCUGCUCACUAAUAAUCACUGCGAGGCGACACCGACUGUGCUUGAAGAACUCAGACCGAGUACAGAAAUAGCUAUGGAUGGAGCAGAGGAGUUUGUUCCACCACCGGAAUGUCCAGUAUUUGAACCAUCGAGGGAGGAGUUUGAGGAUCCACUUGGAUAUAUCGCCAAAAUCCGUCCUAUAGCAGAAAAGUCUGGAAUAUGCAAGAUUCGCCCACCAAACGACUGGCAGCCACCGUUUGCUGUGGAAGUUGACAAUUUCCGUUUCACACCACGUAUUCAGAGACUCAAUGAGCUGGAGGCGGAGACACGAGUGAAGCUGAAUUAUCUGGACAGAAUUGCCAAGUUCUGGGAGAUCCAGGGAUCCUCUCUGAAGAUUCCCAACCUUGAACGACGUAUUCUGGAUCUGUUCAGCUUAGCUAAGAUCGUGUCAGAGGAGGGUGGUUUUGAGGCGGUUGGUAAGGAGAGACGCUGGGCACGUGUGGCACAGAAACUUGGUUAUCCUCCGGGUAAAAACAUCGGCUCUCUCCUGAGGUCACACUAUGAGAGGAUUGUGUAUCCUUUCGAGAUGUCCCAGUCUGGAGCAAGUUUACCGCCAUGUAAGCCCAAGCCAUAUGACAGUGAGGAAAUAGAUAAGGAAUACAAACCCCACUCCAUCCCCCUCCGCCAAUCAGUUCAGCCAUCCAAGAUGAGCAGUUACGGCCGGCGAGCCAAUCGUCUCCAGCCAGAGCCGGAGCCUACAGAGGAAGACAUAGAGAAAAACCCUGAGCUGAAAAAGCUUCAGAUAUAUGGGGCUGGACCUAAAAUGAUGGGGCUCGGUCUUGUAGCUCGAGACAAGACGAGAAAAAAAGAUGAACUGCAAACAGUACCACAGACUGUAAUAGUGCGGGACAGCACUGCCUGUGCAUCUGUUAAGGAGGAAACGGGAGAGACACCGGUCACAAAAUUAGAUCCAGUCAUUCCCCCGCCACCCCCAAACCUCAUUGUAAAGGAGGACGUUGAUGAUGACAAAAGUCACAUAGGCGAUCUUAAUGACAGUGGCGAUGAGCCUUGCACAAAGAUGACCAUGAGGCUCAGACGAAACCAUAGUAACCCACAGAUUGUGGACUCUUUUGUAUGUCGAAUGUGUGGCCGAGGAGACGAGGAUGAGAAGUUGCUGCUCUGUGAUGGUUGCGAUGACAAUUACCACACUUUCUGCCUGAUACCUCCACUCACAGAACCACCCAAGGGCAAUUGGCGCUGUCCCAAAUGUAUAGCAGAGGAGUGUAAAAAGCCUUCAGAGGCGUUUGGUUUCGAGCAGGCCACGCGGGAGUAUACGUUACAGAGCUUUGGUGAGAUGGCCGACACCUUCAAAGCAGACUACUUCAACAUGCCUGUCCAUAUGGUACCGACAGAGCUGGUGGAGAAAGAGUUCUGGAGGUUGGUCAGUAGUAUUGAAGAGGAUGUAACCGUGGAGUAUGGUGCAGACAUUCACUCUAAAGAAUUUGGUAGUGGUUUUCCUGUCAGCAACGGCAAGAGACACUUGACACAUGAGGAAGAGGAAUAUGCCCACAGCGGCUGGAAUCUGAACGUUAUGCCAGUGUUGGAGCAGUCAGUAUUGUGCCACAUCAAUGCAGAUAUCUCGGGCAUGAAGGUGCCGUGGCUGUAUGUGGGGAUGGUGUUCUCUGCUUUCUGCUGGCACAUCGAGGACCACUGGAGUUACUCCAUCAACUAUUUACACUGGGGUGAGCCCAAAACAUGGUAUGGUGUGCCAUCAUCAGCCGCAGAGAAGUUGGAGGAGGUGAUGAAGAAACUCACACCUGAACUGUUUGAGUUCCAACCAGACCUGCUCCACCAGCUUGUCACCAUCAUGAACCCAAAUAUACUCAUGUCUCAUGGAGUGCCGGUGGUACGGACCAACCAGUGUGCUGGAGAGUUUGUCAUCACUUUUCCACGAGCCUAUCACAGUGGUUUCAAUCAGGGAUAUAACUUUGCUGAAGCUGUCAACUUCUGCACUGCAGACUGGCUACCCACUGGGCGAUCUUGUAUCGAGCAUUACCGGCGGCUGAGGCGUUACUGUGUGUUUUCUCAUGAGGAACUCACCUGCAAGAUGGCGGCCUGCCCAGAGAAGCUGGAUCUAAACCUGGCAGCAGCAACGCACAGGGAAAUGUUCAUCAUUGUACAGGAGGAGAGGAAACUGCGUAAAAGCCUGCUGGAAAGGGGCAUUAAGGAAGCUGAAAGGGAAGCCUUUGAGUUACUGCCUGAUGAUGAGAGGCAAUGUGACAAGUGCAAGACCACCUGCUUCCUGUCGGCUCUGGCAUGCUCAAACUGCCAGGAGCACCUUGUUUGCCUCUACCAUGCCCAGGACCUCUGCUCCUGCCCCACUGAAAAACUCUACCUCAGGUAUCGCUAUACUCUGGAUGAGCUCUUGGCCAUGCUGCAUCGGCUGAAAGUUCGUGCUGAAUCUUUUGACUCGUGGGCCAACAGAGUAAAGGAAGCCCUUGAGCAGGAAGAAGGCAACAAAAUAGGCAUUAAAGAUCUGGAGGUUUUGAAAGAAGAGGCAGCGGAGAAGAAGUUCCCCAAUAAUGAGCUGCUCCAGCGCCUCAACACCGUCCUCAUAGACAUUCACAAGUGUGAGAGCAGCAGCACUGAGCUCCUCAGCAACAGCCAGAACAGCAGAAUGAGUCUGGAGGAGCUGAGGACUCUGGUGGAGACCAUGCAGAACCUGCCCUGUGUUAUGACACCACUGGAGGAGGUGCAGGCUGUGUUGCAGAAGAUAGAGGAGUUUGAUUCCCGUGCACAGGUUCUCGUCAACAGCACCAAGGGCGAGUGGAAGCAGGACUCUCCUCUACCGGUGGCUGCAGAGAUCCAGACCCUGCUGGAGGAGGGUGCAUCUCUGCAGGUUGUUGCCCCAGCAUGUGAGCUCCUGCGUGGGCUGCAGGAGCAGGCACGCUGGCUGGGAGAGGUCAGGCGGACGUUGGGGCCAGAGGGGGCGAUGACUCUGGCUGUGCUGAGGAAAUUGAUGGAGGCUGGUUGUAACGUACCGCAGAGUUUGUCAGUGGAAACUGCCAUGGCUGAACUGCAAGAGCUGCUGACUAUAGCAGAGCGCUGGGAGGAGAAGGCCCAGAUAUGUCUGGAGGACAGACAGAAACAUCAUCUCUCUACGCUGGAGGCCAUUGUCAAUGAGGCCCAGCUCAUACCAGUCCAGCUGCCUAACAUCCUGUCCCUGCAGGCAUGCCUGAGCAGAGCCCGUGCUUGGGUCACUGACCUGGAGGAAAUCCAGAAUGGCGAACACUACCCCUGUCUGGAUGAUCUGGAGGGUUUGGUGGCCAUCGGACGGGACCUGCCAGUGAAGAUGGAGGAGCUGAAACAGUUGGAACUGCAGGUGGCCAGUGCUCACUCCUGGAGAGAAAAGGCCAGCAAAACCUUCCUCAAGAAAAAUAGCCAGCACAGUUUGCUGGAGGUGUUGUGUCCUUGUGUGGAGAAAAGCAAGAAGCGAGAGGAGAACUUGUUGGGCACAGUAUCAGACUCUGACGUCAAUGUGUUAGGCCUCACUGCUCAGGACCUCCGAGACCCAGGGGCUAUUGUGACUACAUUCAAAGAGGGAGAGCGUCUGGAGAAAGAGGCCCUCCUCCGCUUGCAGCAGGUCAAUUUAGCUAAACCGGGCCUGGAAAAAGGAAAGGGGGAUGACCAGAACGAAACGCCCCUCAACUCAGCGGGCCCCAAGCUGCAGAAUGGAAGCUCCUCUCCUUCUCUUGCAUCAAGCCAAGCAGUGUGUAUGUGUGGUGGCCUGCCCCGCCCCUUGCUUCAUCGGUGCCACCUGUGCAAAGACUGGUUCCACGGAGAGUGUGUACCCUUUCCACCACUGCUGGGCUCUUCUGACACUCAUCUAACCAAACCCCUUUGCUGGUGGGACUGGAACACACGUUUCCUUUGUCCGCGCUGCCAACGGUCCCGGCGGCCACGGCUGGAAACUAUUCUAGCAUUAUUGGUGGCGCUGCAGAGAUUACCUGUACGGCUGCCAGAGGGAGAGGCGUUACAGUGUUUAACAGAAAGAGCCAUCAACUGGCAGGGCCGAGCCAAACAGGCACUGGACACUCCAGAAGUGCAGGGGGCGCUAGAGAGACUGGAACAAUUAAAAGAGGAAAUGCAGAGUAUAAAAGAGGAAGAACACAAGGACAAAAAGAAAUGGAAUGGCGAUACUGUAAUUGUGCUGUCUGACUCAGAGGAAACAGAAGAUGGUGUUAUUGAUCUGACGGAGGAUCCAAACUCUCCUAAAAAAAGUGAAGAGAAGACUGAAAAUGGUACACAGUCUGGCUGUGAGAAUGGUAUCACAAGAACACAAAGUCCUCAUGAUGUUACCGGGCUGGAGUCUCUGCUGUCGUUAGUGCCAUGUCUUAAAGGGCCGGUGAUCGAGCUGACCCCAUCCACCAGAACACAGUUGGAGGAGCUUCAGCUAGAGGGAGACCUGCUGGAGGUCAUGCUCGAUCAGACACACACCAUUUACCGGAUCCUACAGGCGGCAUCACAGCCACCUCAAGAUGCCCUGCACACGCUAAUAAAGAUUGAAUUGCAGGAGCAGAGCAGCUCAGGUCGUGGCAACAAGUCAAAGGACUCCAAAAGGAAGAGAAAGAGCCAGAAAAUUGAUGGCGAGCCGAAAUCCACAGAAGCUUCAGAAUGCAAGAAAACAAGACCCGUCAAUCACAUAUCCCUACAGAUCCACACAGAGGUGUUGUGAUGAAGCUGUUGAGUCUCUUGCAGUUGUUGUGUUUGUGUCCUGAAGCUGUUGAGUGACACACAGACAAAUGCAGGGCAUUUGACUCAUCCUCCCCACUUAAUAAGCUCAAACAUUAACUCAACUUUUCAACCUAUCAAAUGGGGCUCCCACCUUCAUACUAAACUGCACUCCUCCAUGUGUUUUUGUUUUUUUCUUUGCCUCUUUACACCCAUAAUAUUGAAUGGUGCACUUGUGCAGGGCACAAAUCUCUGUUCUCUUUGAAUAGGGAUAAAAUUUGAUUUGCCCUGUGGUGAAAGAUGUCUGUUGUAACAGUUUAUGUACCAAACUGUGCUUAUCACAGUCAAAUGCCAUGUGCUGCAAAAUACGACUUGUCCAGGUAUACACACACACACACACAUUUGACGGCCUGAGAAAGGGGACGUUUGACAGAAAAUUGGCUUUACUGCCAUGAUAAUACUUGUAUUCUUUUGUACGGAGUCGUGUUUUGUUCAUGGAGACUCGACAUUGUGAAUAAACUAGUACAAUAUUUUGAAAGCGUGUUGGAAAAAACAAAGGCAUUUACGUUCUGGUGCUACUUUCCUAAGAUAGGUUACUGCAUAGUCCUUUCUCUUUUCCUCCUCUGAGUUUUGCUUUAUUCAUUGUCAUUUUCUUUCAGCGCUUCUGUUGGCUCUUUUGUUAAGCUAUUUGCUAUGUACCCCAUUCCCUCUCCACAGAACUGUACAAAACCUCACUUUAUCUCCAUAUUUUGUUGCUGGGGUUCUAAUAAUUCUAUUAUUAUUAUUGCUGACACGCAUUGUCGUGAGUUUGUGUAUAAACCUUUUUAUUUCAAUGUUGCCUUUGUUUCUUUCCACUCUUGUUAGAAAAUAAAAGUUUAGAAUUGUUUUAGGAAGCCGUCUGUGUGGUCACAUUGUUGAUCUGUUUGACUGGGACAAAUUUAAUAUAAGGUAGCUCAGCAGUUCGCAGUCUGGACUGAUGAAAGGAAGGUUUGAUUUCAGGUAGUAGGGUGUUGAGUUGCAGAGAUUCUCACCAGUGAGCCAUUAAGAAAGGGACUGCACACUUUAGCUCUGCUCUUGAGCAACCUAAUGUCUUUGUGGACUAUAGUCAACUUUCCAUAAAGCACCAGCUAAAUAACAAGUGCAGUACCAGGUUGCCAUCAAUG